AUGCGUCUAUUAAAACGUAUUCGUCAUAGAGAAGGAAUAUCUUUACGUUUAUUAAUAGAAGAUGCAGAUGAUGUAUGGUUUUUAUAUAAUUUUAUUAAUAAAGGAGAUAUAGUAAAAGGAUUAACAAUAAGAAGAGUACAUAAGGAGACAGCAGCAGGAGGUGUAUGUACAGAGACAAAGAAGAUACUUUUAUCAAUAAGAGUAGUAUCUUGUGAAUUUGAGGCAGCAGCAGCAGCAGGAGGAACAGGUGCAGCAGCAGCAGCAGGAUCUCUAGGAUUAUCAUCAGCAGCAGCAGCAGCAGCAAGAAUUCGUAUAGCAGGUACUGUAUGUGUAGAGACACCGCAUGCAAAGCUAGGAGCUCACCAUACACUUGAAUUAGGAGAGAAUGACGAGGUGUACGUACAGAAGGAGGAGAUGGAUAGGGAGCACGAGAGGCAAUUAAAGGAAGCAGGAAUAGCAACAGAGACAACAGCAGCAGCAGCAGCAAAAGCAGCAGCAGCAAAAGCAGAAGCAAUUGUAUUACUUAUACAAGGAGGAUUAGCUAAUCUUAUUGCAAUUAGUGACACAAAGGCAAUAAGACAGGCUGCAUGCAUAGAUCAAUUCUAUCGUAUGCUUAAUAACUCCUACCGCAGCAGCAGCAGCAGCAGCAGCAGCAGCAGCAGCAGCAGCAACAGCAGCAGCAGCAAUGGAGGGUACCAACAGAGCUCGUUAGUAUGCUAUGGUAAGGAGGAAGUACGUCGUGCUGCAGACAUAGGAGCAAUAAAGAUAUUAAUGAUAGGAGAAGGACUAAUAAGAAAUGCAGAGACAAAAGAAAGAAAAUAUUUAAUUCGUGUCUUACAAGACACAGAAGAAAAAGGGGGAGAAAUUCUCUCCUUCUCUGAUCAUCAUCCAUCAGGGGAACAAUUAAAUCUAUUAGGAGGUAUUGCUGCUAUACUUAGGUACCCUUUAUUUGAUGAGGAAGAACAAGAACAAGAGGAACAGGAACAGGGAGAAGAACAGCAGCAGCAGCAGCAGCAGCAGCAGCAGCAGCAGGAAGGAGAAGGGGAGGCGGUCGGUGGAGGGGGAGAUAAAAAAGAAGACGUUUUUUUUUGGGACUAA